CCCUCCUAAUCAUAAUUAUUAAGAUCAUCUUCAUUGAUACCUUGAUUUCUUGUCUUUCCUUUUGAUUUCUACAAGAUCAUAAGUUUCUUGGCUUCCAUUCAUUUGAUACCCUAAUGAUCUUUUUCUGAGUCUACCAGAUCAAUAUAAUUCCUGGUUUUAUUUCCAAUUGAUAUAAUGUUCCUCCGUUUGAUUUCCACAACUUUAUGAUUUCUGGCUUUUUCUACUUUGAUAAGCUGCCGCCUCUUAUUCAUUUCUACCAAAAGAGCCGUCGUGUUGUAUUGCAAACAAGAUGUCGACACCGGAAGAGGACCAGAAGAGGGAGAAAUGUGAGAAUCGAUAGGGAAGGUAAGGCAGAGGAGGACAGAUUACGGGUCGAGAAAGCUUCCUGUAUCUUUAAUUGGUCAGAUCAACGAUUGCAUAAUGAUUAUUGCUUGGCUCAAAAAGCUCUUCAGUUUGGGAAAUCAGACAAGUUGGCCGAAGAACAAUUGGCUCUGACGAAGAAGUCGAGGAGGAAGCAGUUGGCUCCAGAAAUUGAAAGGUCUUUAAUGCGGCAUUAACCAGCAAAGCGGAAGGAAAAAUCAACUAAUGAUCAGUUCACUGAUCAGACAGAAGACUCAAUGUAUUGGUAGCCUGCGCCGCAAACUGGGAGAUCAACAAGGGGCGCAUCUGGUUACCAGGCAGAGGAUUCGAUGCAUUUCCAGCCUGUAGCGCAAAUUUGGAAGUCAACAAGAGAACAGUCUGAUCAACGGUCAGAGAAUCUGAUGCAUCUACAGCCCGCACAACCUGCUGAAAGACUAACAAGACGCAGGUCUAAUUAAUAGUCAGAGAACUCAAAGCAGCCGCAAAUUAGAGGAUCAGCAAAAGAUCAAUCUAGUCAAAAGACAGAAAACUCUUCGCACAGAGCAGAGUCCCAGUCAAGAAGGAGAAGGCUAAAGUUUUGUAAUAUGACGAUGAGGAUGUCGUGCGUGGGUGCUUCUAAAGAGGCUAGCACCCGACCAAGUAGGGCUAGAUCAUCGGCAAAGAAUCUUAUUGUUAUAGACAGUGAUUAUCAGGAUUGACAAUACAGGCCGGAAGCGGAAAUUGUCAAAAAGUCAGUCACCGCC